AUGAAUUCCAUUUCAGGCCUACGCGUCAUUAUUGCCGGAGGAGGCUCUGGUAUUGGGGCUACCACAGCUCAACUCUUGGGUCGCUAUGGCGCCAACGUUGUCAUAGGCGAUAUCAACAUAGCUGGAGCAAAGCAAAUCGCCGAGGAUAUAACAAGGUCAGGCGGAACAGCUGUUGCAACAGAAUUCGACUUCGAAAACGAAGCCAGCGUCAAAGCACUUAUUGAGGAUGGAACCAAAGCCCUUGGAGGGCUGGACGGCCUUGUGAACAUGGGGGCUGCUCUCCAUCAGUCACACCUUGGCAAAGACACCAGUGUCGCUGAGAUGGAUGCCGACAUUUGGCGCACGACCAUGAAUGUCAAUCUUAUCGGUUACGCUCUGUCCACCAAGUACGCGCUGCCGCACCUCGUGCGCAAUAAAUCAGGAAGCAUCGUCAACAUCUCAGCAGCAGGGAUUCACACCCUAACACGUCAUGUGGCGCGAAGCUGGGGACCCCAGAACGUCCGCGCCAAUGCGUUAGCACUCGGCCUAAUCGGCACGGAGAAGUUCGCUAAAGCCUCUGAGGCAUCGUCAGCUCUUCGCCGGGUGGUCAACGAACAAAUUCCACUCAAGAGACCAGGGCAACCUAAGGAAGUUGCAUCAGCUGUAAUCUACCUAUUGUCACGGGAUAGCGCAUACGUGACCGGUCAAGUGUGGUCUAUGAAUGGCGGACUUGCUUUCCGUGAGUAG